AUGGCAGGAAAUCCUUUGGAGAGUCUCAUGUCGACUGUGAGCCACCAACCAGCAGAACCUGAGACCCAGCGAGCCUCCACCAGCAGAAAUCCAGCAUGCCUGCAAAGACGCAGGAACAGCUUUCGCAGCAACCGGGAGUUGUGUUAUCUGGUGCCAUCUGCUUGCGGGCCCAGAUCAAACACGAGUGAUGAAAAGAUCUCGAUCAGCACACCACGCAAUCAUCACUCCCCAGAAAAUGCAGCACGAGAGAGAAGCCGCGUACGCAACCUGCGUCAGGCCUUCCACAGCCUGCAGGCUGCUCUGCCUUCAGUCCCUCGUGACACCAAGUUAUCCAAGCUGGAUGUUCUGGUUCUGGCUACCAACUAUAUAGCUUACCUGACACAAACCCUGGACCAGGGAAGAACUUUGACCGAGCACACCUUACCACCGAGACCAGGUGGUUACCUCCACCCAGUUAAGAAAUGGCCGAUGCGUUCCCUGCUCUACUGUGGCAGUGUUGGGGACGUGUUUUCUGGGGUCCAAUCCAAUCAGAGGCCUACGUCUGGAAAAGAUGCAUACCUGCCUGAUCGUACAAUAGGAGACAAGGAGUGUUAGGAACAUACGAGACAUCAAGUCAUAUGUUUCAAA